AUGGGUCCAAGACCGAAAUAUCCACCUUUCCCAUGGGGUAAAGUUGAAUAUAAUAAUUAUAAGUGGUACAGACGCUGUCAAAAAAAUAAUCAUAAUACGAAUGAUUGUUGGUUUGCUCCAAAAUUUUCUGAAAUCAUGAGUUAUGAGCUGAAAUUGCUUGAAGUCAUGAGCCAAGAAUGGAAAGAAAAGAUCAAGUGUUCAAAUUGUUCGACAAGAUGUAAAGCUGUUUAUCACGAUGAGGAAGAACAAUGUCCCAAGACUUAUUCAUAUAGUGAUCCCAGGCGUUGGAAUAAUGAUUGGGCAAAAGGAAAUUGA